CAGACACAUUCUGCAGCAAUAGCCAAAGAGUCAGGCUCCGGCCAGCAGAACCGGCAGCUCUGCUCUGCGAGCGAGUAUCAGAUCAGAGCGUGCGCCGCAACACAGCAGAUCCAUGAUCCAGCCCAGCGACGAUUGACAUAUGUGAUUCGCGCAGCAGGAUGUGUCUGAAGUGGCUCCAGUAGCAGUGCGCUCGGAUCUUCUUCGGUUCCGCGGCCUGUGGCAUGCAUCCAUCCAUCCAUCCAAUAUCCUUGAGGCCGGAACGAAGCUCGAGCAGGCGAGCGAGCCCGGCGGAUCACUGAAUCUGCCCCUUCUGCAACGCGCAGGGAGUAUUCUCAUUUCCCUCUCGAUGAUGAUCUGAAGAUGAUGAUGUUACAUUGGCUCAUGUUCCUCUCUCUCUCUCUCUCUCUCUAUUUCCAUGCACGUUGACGCGCUUAUUUCCAGCCACUGCUGCUCUUAAUCCCCAGCGCCAGGCGAGGUGGCAUUCGGCACGUCCUGACCCCCGUUCUUCCGUUCCCCUCCCCACGGUCACUCGAUCACCACUCUUUAUGACAGAUCCGUCAACGGCCUACGCAAUUUCGUUUUCUGCUGCAUUCGCUCCUCCGCCCGCAUGGCCGUCCGUCGCCCACCCUGCCGCCCGCCCGCCUGCCUGCCUACUUACUUUUGCUCGGCAGCACACGUACUCUGGUGGCCUACUGCCGGGACGGGCACUUUCAAUACUGCUAUUGUUAGCGGCUGCUGUAUAUACCCGAUUUUACAGCAUGAGCUGGCUUUAGCGCUAGGCCUGAUUUGAAAACUAGGGCAGUGGAGAGGUUCAUUAAAGAAUUUGGUGUCAUUGGAAGGCAAGUACCGCUCGAUUUACACACUCUCAGGAGAAUUCAAGCCUGUGCCACAAUGAUGCCAAAGUGGGCUUCACCUUUGGAUAGAACAAACAUCUUGCGAUCACGAUUGAUUUUUCCUGCACACCUUUGCUGAAGCAUUAGGGGGUUCGGAUUACCCCAUGUCCUCCUCCGUAGUACAUAUUUUAAGCACCUUGUGAGUUGCCAGUCUCGUCAAGUGAUGGAGAGGUACAGUGGUGCAAGUUUCCCCAUGACUUCUGCAGACGGAGGCCAUUGUGCUUGUGCUCGUGUUCCCUUAUUACUUCGCCACACCAUUCUGCCGAAUGUACUGCUCGGUUAAGGUGCCACUCUACCACAACCAUCCUGUGGUUCCUGAACCACCUUCCCCUGCAGGUGCCUCCACCGUAGGUCUUUACAGUCACAUGAUAUAGAGAAUUUGAUCUUUUCGUGACUCAAGUGAGCAUAUCAAGGGUUCCUUAUUGACUGUGAUGCCAUUUUGAAGAGCAGGUUGCGACAUGGUCCACUGUCAUUGACGAUCGAAAGUUUCCUCUAAGAGACAAACUUCAAGACUGGAUGCUGAGACAAGUGGCUAUGUCCAGACUAGCAGCCAUGUCGAGUUCCGGGCUCAGUCUUGAGCAAUGUAGUCUUCAAUUGCCGGCUGCAUCACGGUUCACUGCACUUGAAAUACAGGGACCACCUCUGUAAGUGCCAGAAACCAGCGAUGGCAGGAUAGUGGAUCCAGAAGUUACUUGUCUUGUCAGGACAAUGAGUCCUUUAAACUUCAGGCUUGUCGAUGUGCUGGGAUGAUCUCAUCAUCUGAUCAUUUGUUUGAUAAGUUAUCGACAGAUGUAGAUUUGUCCUAGAUAAAAAGAGUUAUUUCACUUG